AUGGCGAAGAAGUUCAACCCCUUCCCGGAUCCUAAGAAAGGUAAGGGGCGUAUGGUGCUCAAGAGCCCAGCCUCUGUCAAGUCGCUUGCUUGGAAGAAAGUUCCAUAUGUCAGAGGCGCUCGCACUGUGAAGGCACGUGGUGUUCGCAAGGAGCAAGCCCACUGGAAGCGCACCAUGACUGAAUUGCUUUCGUGCUCUGACACUCAGAUAGUCAAGACUUUGAUCCAAGACAAGUUGCUCCCAGAUUGGUCAGGUGAUGAGGUGACAAGCAUGACAUCCCCCAAGGUCCCAGCCUCAAGCACCAAGUCACAGGAGACAAGCCUCAAGCGCUUGCAGUUCAAGAUUCGGGCGGCCCAGUACGAGUACUGGUACCGCGGGGCAGACAUGUGGAAGUGCACCGGGGAUCUUGUGCAUCAUUACAUGUCUUGA